UGCUCCAUUGUUCACCGCGGAGCUAAACAAGCGGAGCUACUAAAAAAACCCUCUUCACCCCUUCACACUGCGCAAUUUAAACAACUGGACAGUCGUGGAUUUAAUCUCAGGGUUUGCGACUUGUUCUCGGCCAGCAAGUUGAAGCAGAAAUGGACGAUGACCAGCCUAAAACCCUGUAUGUGGGUAAUCUGUCCCGGGAUGUGACAGAAGCCCUCAUCUUGGAGCUGUUUGGCCAGAUUGGACCCUGCAAGAGCUGUAAAAUGAUAGUAGAUACAGCAGGUCACGACCCAUACUGCUUUGUGGAGUUUUAUGAGCAUAGACAUGCCACUGCCACAAUUGCAGCCAUGAAUGGUCGGAAAAUACUGGGUAAGGAGGUCAAAGUCAACUGGGCCACGACACCUACCAGCCAAAAGAAAGACACAAGCAGUCACUUCCAUGUCUUUGUUGGGGAUCUUAGUCCUGAAAUUACUACAGAUGACAUAAAAGCAGCUUUUGCUCCAUUUGGGAAAAUAUCUGAUUGUCGGGUGGUGAAAGACAUGGCCACAGGUAAAUCUAAAGGCUAUGGCUUUGUCUCCUUCUUCAACAAAUGGGAUGCAGAAAACGCCAUCCAGCAGAUGGGAGGACAGUGGCUCGGUGGGAGGCAGAUCAGGACCAACUGGGCCACGAGGAAGCCUGCUCCUAAAACUACCAAUGAAACAUCUAAUACCAAGCAGUUAUCUUUCGACGAGGUGGUGAGUCAGUCCAGCCCCAGCAACUGCACCGUGUACUGCGGAGGCGUCACAGCAGGUCUCACAGAGCAAAUCAUGAGACAGACCUUCUCACCUUUCGGCCAAAUUAUGGAAAUCCGUGUUUUCCCAGACAAAGGCUACUCGUUUGUGAGGUUUAACUCCCACGAGGCAGCAGCUCACGCCAUCGUCUCUGUGAACGGCACGACCAUCGAGGGCUACGUGGUGAAGUGUUACUGGGGCAAAGAGACGACAGACAUGGUUAGCCCCAUUCAGCAGGUACAGAUGCCGCAGCAGAACACGGUGAGCUUUGCGGCGCAGCCCUACAGUCAGUGGGGUCAGUGGUACAGCAACACGCAGCAGAUCGGUCAGUACGUUCCCAACGGCUGGCAGGUGCCGAGUUAUGGAGUCUACGGACAGACCUGGGAUCAGCAGGGAUACAAUCAUCUACAUGCUGGCGCCGGAUGGACAGGCGUUGGCGCCGUGAGUAACGGAGGCAUGGUGGAGCCCAGUCAGAGCGUCAACGGGACGGUGCUAACCAACCAGGCCGGCAUGGGCACCGCCGGCUACCACACCCACUGAUCACUGGCUGCACACACAGUAGCCCUCUCCGAGCCCCUCUGAGGCCACAAGGAUGACACUGCUGGAGAGGGAGUGCAACACAUGCGCUCUCUCUCUCUUCGUCAACACACAACAAAAAUUAUACUCUUGUUAAGGGAGGCUGGUUCGCCAUUUUAUCAACCUUUACCAGCCCCGUAACUUUCACCCACUGCCCAAAUCUGUAAGUGUAAAGAAAACCCAGUCGACUCCAGAUCACUUAAAACACUGUUAUAACAGCUAACUGCUAAUGCACCUUUUCAUUCCUGGGCCCAUUUUUAUUAUUUGGUGUAUUUUUCUAAUAAAAAAAACCUGCAGAUAAACUGGCCAUAAUGUAAAUUAUAUGAAACAUGUCAAGAUAUUUCUCUUCACAGCUACGGUUUAGUUUAAAAAGGAAGAAACUAAAUAUAUUUAAAUAAAAGACAUCAGGUUUUUUUUUAGUUUUUUUUUUUUUAAAGCCCCUCAGAGCCAAAGAGAAGGGCAGACUUUUAUAUCAAUAUUGAAGAAAGAGAGGCUUCCACCUUCGCCUCAGAAAGUACUCAAUAGUCUAUAGUCAUGCAAUGCAGCCACAAGAAGUGUACGAGCAAGGGGACGCACAAUUUUUAUUUUAUUUUUUAAUUUUUCCUCCAUUUAUUCUGUCCACCUACGACUAAAAAGUUUUAAAAAAAACAAGUCCAAGAAAGUUCUCAGGGUGUUGUCAAGUCAUUCUGUGAAAUGUAGGAAAACACUGAGUACACUGAAGUAGGCAGGUUGAGGGAAAAAGUGGAAACCACAUUAAAAAACAAACAAAAAAACAACAAGAACAUUUCAUCGCUCCUUCACUAAAAAUCUCACGGAACGGACUAAACAGACGGAGAAAAAAAACCCAACUUUGGUCUGUGGAUAAAGAAAAAAAAUGUGUGUGCUUAUGUGUGUGCAUGAACUGAUGCUUUUACACACAAGACUGUCCAAGAUCAUCUUCCCCUUAUAACGAGAAAGGACUACGCCAAUUUUUCUUUUCUUUUUUGCUACAGAUAAAAUAGACAGUGUCAUUUUUCUUUUCUUUUUUGUUUCGAGCAACUUUAAAAUGCUGACAUUGUAUAAAGAGCUUUUUGCCUUUUUCUUUGUUUUUGUUUUUUUUUGUGUUUCAUUUCGGGACUGUCUUAUAAAGAAAUGUUGCAGUGACACCAUAGGAAUCAUGUGAUGUGUGAGAUCUUUUUAUGUUUGUUUAUAUAUAUAAAAAAAACAUUUAAGUGGCUGUCAACUGUCAACUUUAUUUUUUAAAAUUAGAUUUUCAAUAUCUCAAACAAACCAAUUGCAGGGAUUUACUGCCACUCUUAUCUUACUUAGGCAGACAAAUAUUGCACAAUUACUUAAAGUUAUCUUUUCACAUGAGUAAAAAAAAAAAUUGAAAUACUAGGUUUUUUUAUGUUUUUUUUGCAUUCCACUUUCUUUUUGUAAUUUCAUUUGGAAAAUCUGUUUUAUGUAAAUAACCAAACAGUCUGUUCAAUUGUACUGAAUCUGUAUAAAAGACAACGUGUUAAUUAAGGGAGCGUGUUCGCCUCUGGUUGGGGGGGGGUAAUGGAUUCAACAAACAGCUGUUUGACGGUAGCAUCCCUGUCCAGUGCUGGUCCAUGUACAGUAGAGACAGUGCAUCAUUUUAUUCUUCCAGAAGCAGCGUUGCUAUGCAAUGCAAAAUGAUUUAGACUGACGAGUAAUUCAAGAGUUAAGUUAUUCUGUUUUAAACCUACAUAAUUGUUUUUACUGAUUAAAGAAACAACCUCAUAAGGAUAAAAUCUUUGCACUGUGGCCACCAUCAUUUUAAUAUAGUUGGAAAAAAUCCAUUGUGUUGCCUUAUUAUCAGCGAGUUACUUUUUUUUUUUUUUAAUUUAACCAAAUAUCAUCAAAGAGUAGGCGGUGCCUAAGAAUGUUUUCGACCUAUGUUUUUGGCGAGGGAAGUUCUGUUGAUGCUUCAGUAACUUGGUUUGUGUUUUUGCUUUGUCCCAUUAAAAUGCUGAUGCUUAAAA